GUCAAAGUUUUAUAGGAAGAGUGUUCACAGUGAAUGCAAGAUCGGAGAACCCAACAAAAAAUGGCGAUGAUAGCAGUCGAAGUGGCGUUGGAAAAGUUGAUUACCUUUCUGUCAAAUGAAGCUCAAUCACUAUCCAAUGUUCGCCAAAGAGUGAAUGGUUUAAAGAAUGAUUUAGAAAGAAUGCGAUCUUUUCUGCAGGAUGCCGAAUCAAGAGGUGAAAAGAACCAGGGAUUGAAGACAUGGAUAAAGCAAGUCAGAGAUGUGUCUUAUGAGACUGAAGACGUUUUAGAAGAGUUCUUGCUUCUUUUGAUCCCACCUCAUAACCAGGAAGACCAGAAUGCUUUUCUCCACGUCCUAAGCUCAAGCCUCUUUCAUCUUCGGCGACUGAAAACAAGGUAUCUCUUAUCUAGUAGGAUAGAAACUAUAAAGGAUAAGAUCAAAGGAAUCUUAGAAUGUAAUAUCGUGUUUUCUCUCAAGAGUAAUCAUGAAUUGGAUGACUUAAGACUGGAUGCUCUAUUCAUAGAUGAUACUUCUGUUGUGGGUAUCGAUGAUUCGAAAACCCAAUUGAUUUCAUUGCUUAAGGGUGGUCAUCAGGAUCUAAGUAUCCUCUCUGUGGUGGGAAUGGGUGGCGUAGGAAAGACAACUUUAGUGAGGAAAGUAUACCAGAGUCGAACAGUUAAGGAGUACUUUGAUUGCCAAGCUUGGAUUACUGUUUCCAAAUCAUUUACUGUCCUGGAGCUUCUUCAAUCUUCCUUAAAGAGCUUCAUGAAUGAAAAUAAAGAACAAGUAAAUGAAGGGAUAUUCAGAAUGAAUGAGAUUGAAUUGAUCGAUAAUUUGAAGAAUUAUCUGGUGCAAAAGAGGUACAUUAUCGUGUUUGAUGAUAUUUGGAGUGUAGAUGCUUGGGAGAAGGUUAGAUUUGCAUUUCCUUGUUGUUUGUGCGGGAGUAGGAUAGUCUUUACUACACGUGUUGGAGAUAUAGCCUCGUCAACUGAAACCAUUAAUCAUGUGUUCAAUCUCGGACCUUUGGGUGAUCAAGAGGCUUGGACACUUUUCUGCAGGAAAGUAUUUCGAGGAGGCGAAUACAAUGGUGUUUGUCCCGAAGAAAUGUAUGAGAUCUCGUGGAGUUUGAUGAAGAAGUGCGGAGGACUUCCACUUGCAAUUGUGGCAUUAGGGGGUUUGCUGGCUAGAAAGGAGAAGCAUGUUCUUGAAUGGCAGAAAAUCUUUGUAAGCUUAUUUGCUGAAACGGAAAGUAAUUCUGGACUUGAGAGUCUAGAACGAAUACUAUUACUCAGUUACAAUGACUUGCCCUAUCACCUCAAAUUUUGCAUCUUGUAUACAAGCAUGUUUCCCGAGGAUUAUCUCAUCAAGAGAAUGAAACUAAUUCGCUUAUGGGUGUCAGAAGGAUUUGUGAAAGAUAAACCAGGUUAUACUCGUGAAGAGGUUGCAGAACACUACUUAAAUGAACUGGUUAACAGGAGUAUGAUUCAAAUAGUUAGGAAAGACAGUUUCAACCGGGUUAACACUUGUCAAAUCCAUGAUGUUAUGCGAGAGGUUGUUCAAAGGAAAUCCAGAGAUGAGUCAUUUGCCAUUGUCAUGAACGAUAGAACACUGUCACCAAUUGAGAAAGUUCAUCGAGUAGCAAUCUAUGAGAAUUUUGAUCACCUAGAGACAUUCAAAGGAAAUUUAGAGAUGUUAUUCACAGGCCGCCUUCGAUCUAUACUUCUUUUUGAUACUUUCAGAUUUAAUGCUAAUUUGUUAAAUGGUUGUAGAUCAUUAAGGGUGUUGGAGCUUGAAAAUGCACCACUUUACAAAUUCCCUCGAGAGUUGACUCAAAUGAUUCACUUGAAAUACUUGAGCUUGAGACGCACGGGGAUAACAAAGAUUCCAUAUUCCAUAAGAAAGCUUAGGAGUCUUGAGAUACUUGAUCUCAAAUUUUGUCACAUAACAUCUUUGUCGAAGGGGAUCCUAAAAUUGAAGAAUUUGUGUCAACUUCGAUGCUACAAGUAUCAUUUUUACGAUCCAACGCCAUUCUUUGCCACAUCAACUGGAGUGCAAGUCCCAUUAGGGAUAGGAAAUUUGACCAAGUUGGAGAAAUUGUGUUCAGUUGAAAUGAAUCAGGAGGAGAAUGACAACAAUGUGUUAGUAGAAAUGGGAAACUUGACAAAUUUAAAGAGGCUGGGUAUUCUGAAACUAACUGGGCAAAACGGUGCUUAUGUAUCUUCCUCGUUAGACAAAUUGAAUCAUUUGACUUCCUUACUUCUUUCAACUACCAGCAAUACAGAACCUCUUUCCCUAACACCUCUUUCAAAUCCUCCAAUGCUUCUGCAACGCCUUUUCCUAAAAGGCUAUUUGAAAAGUUUGCCUAGUUGGAUCAUUUGCCUUCGUUACCUUGGGAAAUUAGUUCUUCAGUACUCAAAACUCAAGGAAGAUCCACUGAGAGCGCUUCAGGGAUUACCAAACUUGGUAGUGCUUGACCUUCGAGAUGCUUAUUUGGGAGAGGAAUUAAGUUGUGACAUUGGAGGGUACCCAAAGCUUAAGGUGCUCUGCCUUAGACGGCUACAUGGUUUGGGAAGCGUGGUGUUGCCAGAAGGAGCUAUGUCUAGGCUUCAAGAGCUACAAAUUGUAGAAUGUAGAAAUCUUGAAAUUGUACCAACAGGGAUAGAACAUUGCAGAGAUUUGGAAUAUAUGUUACUGUCAGGCAUGCCUACGAUAUUCAUCCAAAAUAUAGAAAGAGGGCAAGGUCCAGAUUUUUGGAAAGUUGAGCAUAUUGGAGUAAUUCAAGUGUUUCCUUAUUAAUCUUAUUUAUGGUAAAUUCUUCUUCCUUCAAUGAUCAAUUAUAAAAUCAGCAUUCUUGGAUUUGUUAGCAGUUGAUUUUGCUAGUGAAAUACAGGUCACCUUUGGAUUGGUGGUUUUGCACUAGUCAAAUAAAUGUAUAAUCAAACUGGAUUUUAAGGGUAUUUGUUCCUACCUUCUUUUCAUUAAUUUAUAUAAUUUUGUACAUGUUGCAGUAUAUAUGCACUAUGCAGACAAUGGAUUGUUGUAAUGGGUCUGGCUUUAAGAUUAAUAGUUGGAUAAUGUUAUUAGUAGUUAGUUA